AAGGUUGUCUGGUUAUAUUGUAUUUUAGUUGUCAUUUGUGUGCAUUCCUUUGCCGAAGAAACUGAAAAUUUAUCAGAGACUGAUCAUCUAAAAGUUUCAGAUGCAGUCGAAGAGGAAAAUGUCUCAGCAGAAGUUAAUGACACUAUCUUGGAAGUUUCUAAUGCUAACGCAACACUAAAUGAAACGGGUAUUUUAGAUCUAAAUGGAACAGUUUCCAAUGCUUCUCAAGUCGAAAAUUCCACGAAAAAUAAGCUUAACGAUGAAACCGUGAACUCGACAAGUGCAAAUUCUGGCUUGCCAAAAUGGUUCUGUAAGGGAAGGAACAACUCACAGAGCAACGAAACCUUGCAACAGAAAGUUGUUAUCGUCAAUUCAGAGCAGCUACUAAAAUUGAUUAACACGACAACAGACAACAACACCGAUUCCUGCGCUGUUGUCUUGUUCUUCACACAGUACUGCCCAUUUUGUGCUAAACUGGCUCCACUGUACAAUGCAUUGGGCAGAGUGUAUACCAAUCUACCUAUUCUGGCGAUAGAUGCUCACAAACAACACAGUUUGAAUACUCGUUUUGGAGUGGUUGCCGUCCCAACCAUCCUGUUGUUUCAUUCAGGGAAACCUGUCUUGAAGUUCAAUAAUUCAAUCACGCUGGAUGAUCUGAGAAUGUUUGUGAAGAACAACACAGGUGUUGAGGGAAAUUUCAGUGUUCAAAUCUCGGAACAAGAUCAUAUCGGCCCACUAAAAAACAAACCAGUGGAAGACAGAGACUAUUAUUUGUUAUUUUCUGUGCUUUUCCUGCUGGUAUUUUCAGUGUUUAUGUUUGCAAAAUCUAGCUAUCGACAGCUGGUCUGGGAGAGAAUACAAGCUGUUCAGUGGCAGAGGUUUUUACAAUACUUUAGGAGAGAGAAACAGGACUAACUGGUUAUAAUGGGCAAGAGACAAGAUCGCUGCAGCAUGUGAAAUGUCUGACCGUGUUUCCAAUUCCAGGCAAAGACAUUUUUGAUAGGAGUUGAUGAGUGACAAUGAGAAAGUAGCGUGAAAUUAACAAGAGACCAUUCCUGCAAGGCCAAUAGAGACUGAUAAGAACAAUUUCUACAUUGAAAUGGAGACAGGACCUUCAGGUUAGCCAAAGGGGUACUUUUCCUGGCCUAUAGCCAAGGAUUCAGAUUAACAGCAGAGGACCUACCCUGCUAAGGCCACAGUAAGAAUAUUGUACAAUGCCUGUGUGAAUAGAAGCCAAAUGUAUCUAAGAAAUUUUUCUUAGUACAAUGUAAAAUUUUGUUCUGUGUAUUCAAACAGAUUUGAGAGAAAAGAUAUUUGAUAUUGUUAUUUAAUAAUUUUCAGUACAUUAUGUUAUUCAGGCCAUAACGUAGCAGACACUAACAAAAUGUCCUAAAGUUGUUUCUUUAUUUAUUUAAUUGCACUUACAAUGUGAUUUUGAAAACUCACUAGUAAAACUUUAUACCUGUCUUUUA